GAGGAGGAUGGUUUAGUCGCCUUCUGGUGCUUGCCUGCCUUCCUCCUCUUCCUCUUCAGGGCUCCAGUCUCAUAGGCGUUGCUUCUGCUCUUGACAGAAAUGUCCUGUCUUUGCACUAAGUUGCAAAUGCAUUCCUGUGAAAACCCAUAGAAGACUGCUUUGUUACACCCCAGAGCUAUUGCAGAAUGAAUUAAAGCACAUUGCUUGCAUUUAAAAGGAACAGGCUAAUUCUGCACGUCAGCCGCACUUUUUACACGUUAAAAACUGUAUUUAAAAUGCAGUAAUUUUCCUUUGCAAGAAGAGGCAAUAAGGAGGCGAAGCACAGCACCAGCAUCCUUUUCUCCCAGAGACUGGGACACACCGACACUCUUUCUCCUUUGGAUGCAAUUGACAUGCAUAGUUUUAUAAAGCACUGAUUUGCUUCUAUGUAGGUGUCCACCCCCACCCCCCGAAGUUGCCUGGGUUGCAAAACAGUAGGAAAGCAGCUGCUGCUUAUCUUUGACAGCAGAAGAUUAUGGUGGCGGCUCAGCACUAGCUAAACCAGCAGCAGCAGCGUUGGCUGAAGCAGCAGCAGAGCAGGACUCUGCCUGGAUGCAUUUUUCACUGAAAAUCAUCGGCGUUGGAAAGUGCAGCCCAAAGAAUUGACAGCGUUUGUAACGGAAAACUGGGAAAGGCAAAGAGCAUAGGGGUGGGGGUCAGCACCACCAGUUUUUUCUCCCGUGUGCUUCUAGGGAGGGGGGUCUAUUAUCAUGGCGGAUCGGACAGCUCCUAGAUGCCAGCUCCGUCUGGAGUGGGUAUAUGGGUAUAGGGGUCACCAGUGUCGCAACAACCUGUACUAUACAGCAGGCAAGGAAGUGGUUUACUUCGUGGCUGGAGUCGGAGUGGUUUAUAACACCAGAGAACAUAGCCAGAAAUUUUUCCUGGGGCACAAUGAUGACAUUAUCAGUCUAGCUCUGCACCCGGAAAAAACCCUUGUUGCUACAGGGCAGGUUGGGAAGGACCCUUACAUUUGCAUCUGGGAUUCCUACAAUGUACAGACUGUUUCUAUUUUAAAGGAUGCACAUACCCAUGGAGUUGCCUGCUUGGCUUUUGCUUCAGAUGGCCAGCGUUUAGCUUCAGUGGGACUGGAUGCCAAAAACACAGUCUGCAUUUGGGAGUGGAGGAAAGGAAAACUCCUUGCAUCAGCUACUGGCCACUCCGAUAGGAUCUUUGAUAUUUCCUGGGAUCCAUAUCAACCCAACAGAGUGGCUAGCUGUGGUGUGAAACAUAUCAAGUUCUGGACGCUGUGUGGAAAUGCCUUGACAGCCAAAAGAGGAAUAUUCGGUAAAACAGGAGACUUGCAAACUAUCCUCUGCCUGUCCUGUUCAAAAGAUGAUGUUACAUACUCUGGUGCUUUAAAUGGAGAUAUCUAUGUCUGGAAAGGGCUCACCUUAGUCCGCACGAUUCAAGGAGCUCAUGGUGCUGGAAUUUUUAGCAUGUAUGCAUGCGAGGAAGGUUUUGCCACUGGUGGAAGAGAUGGCUGUAUUCGACUGUGGGACACUUUUUUUAAGCCAAUAACUAAAAUUGAUCUCAGGGAAACUGAACAAGGAUAUAAAGGUUUGUCCAUCCGAAGCGUGUGCUGGAAAGCAGAUCGACUUUUAGCAGGGACACAGGACAGUGAAGUAUUUGAGGUGAUUGUGAGAGAAAGAGAUAAGCCAAUGCUAAUAAUGCAAGGUCACUGUGAAGGAGAGCUCUGGGCUCUGGCGGUGCAUCCCAAGAAACCAUUAGUUGUUACUGGCAGUGACGAUCGAUCUGUGCGCUUAUGGAGCCUUGCUGACCAUGCCUUGAUUGCCCGAUGCAAUAUGGAAGAAGCUGUGCGAAGUGUAUCUUUCAGCCCUGAUGGAUCUCAACUGGCACUGGGGAUGAAAGAUGGCUCUUUCAUUGUACUGAGAGUAAGAGAUAUGACAGAGAUUGUUCACAUCAAAGACAGGAAAGAAGUAAUUCAUGAAAUGAAGUUUUCACCAGAUGGCUGCUACCUUGCGGUGGGUUCUAAUGAUGGUCCAGUGGAUAUCUAUGUAGUUGCUCAACGGUACAAAAAAACUGGAGAAUGCAACAAAUCUUCUAGCUUUAUCACUCAUAUUGACUGGUCUCUGGAUAGUAAAUUCUUGCAAACAAAUGAUGGUGCAGGAGAACGCUUCUUCUACAGAAUGCCAUCUGGGAAGCAUUUAACCAGCAAAGAUGAGAUCAAAGGGAUUCAUUGGGCUUCGUGGACGUGUGUGAUGGGAGCAGAAGUGAAUGGAAUCUGGCCGAAAUAUAGUAAUGUUACAGAUAUCAACUCUGUGGAUGGAAAUUAUAAUAAUGCAGUUCUGAUGACUGGAGAUGAUUUUGGAUUAGUUAAAUUGUUCAGAUUUCCUUGUCUCAAGAAAGGAGCUAAAUUUAGAAAAUACGUUGGGCAUUCUGCACAUGUCACUAAUGUCCGUUGGUCACAUGACUUUCAGUGGGUAAUAAGUACCGGAGGUGCAGAUCACUCUGUUUUUCAGUGGCGGUUUGUUCCAGAAGGUGUAGCAAAUGGGAUCCUUGAAACAGCACCCCAGGAAAGUGGCAUAGAUUCUCACAGUGAAGAAUCUGAUUCUGAUUUAUCCGAUGUGCCAGAGUUAGACUCGGAUAUAGAGCAGGAAGCUCAAAUCAACUACAUCCGACAGGUUUACAAAGAAGAUCUACCUCAACUGAAACAGCAAAGUAAAGAGAAAAACCAUUCAGUGCCCUUCCUUAAAAGAGAGCGAGCCCCUGAGGACAGUUUAAAGCUGCAAUUUAUACAUGGUUACAGAGGCUAUGACUGUCGAAACAAUUUGUUCUACACGCAGACUGGGGAGGUGGUUUACCAUAUUGCUGCUGUUGCUGUUGUGUACAAUAGACAGCAGCACACCCAAAGACUGUAUCUUGGUCAUGAUGAUGACAUUCUCAGCCUAGCUAUCCAUCCUCUGAAAGACUAUGUUGCUACUGGGCAGGUUGGGAGAGAUGCUGCCAUUCAUGUUUGGGAUACUCAGACGCUCAAAUGUUUGUCGCUGCUAAAAGGCCAACACCAAAGAGGCGUGUGCGCACUUGAUUUUUCAGCUGAUGGAAAAUGUCUGGCAUCGAUUGGGUUAGAUGAUAAUCAUACCAUUGUACUCUGGGACUGGAAAAAAGGAGAAAAGAUGGCAGCAACCAGAGGUCAUAAAGACAAGAUAUUCGUAGUGAAAUGCAACCCCCAUCAUGCUGAUAAACUGGUAACCGUUGGAAUGAAGCACAUCAAAUUUUGGCAGCAAGCAGGUGGUGGUUUUACCUCCAAACGUGGCAUAUUUGGAAAUAUUGGGAAACAAGAAACUAUGAUGAGUGUUUCCUAUGGACGAAUAGAGGACUUUGCUUUCUCUGGAUCGGCAAUGGGAGAUAUUUACAUCUGGAAAGAUAUUUCUUUGCUUAAAACUGUGAAAGCUCAUGAUGGUCCUGUAUUUGCUAUGCAUGCCUUAGAUAAGGGCUUUGUGACAGGUGGGAAGGAUGGCGUGGUGGCUCUAUGGGAUGAUACAUUUGAGCGGUGCUUGAAGACAUAUGCCAUUAAAAGAGCAGCCUUGUCACCCGGUUCUAAAGGGUUGCUGUUGGAAGACAACCCUUCUAUCCGUGCCAUCACCUUAGGACAUGGGCAUAUACUGGUGGGAACAAAAAAUGGAGAGAUUCUUGAAAUUGAUAAAAGUGGCCCCAUGACUCUGCUUGUGCAGGGGCAUAUGGAAGGAGAGGUCUGGGGUCUGGCAGCCCAUCCUCUCUUGCCUAUCUGUGCAACAGUGAGUGAUGAUAAAACUCUGAGGAUCUGGGAACUUUCUUCCCAACAUCGUAUGCUGGCUGUGAGAAAGCUUAAAAAAGGUGGUCGAUGCUGUGCCUUCUCCCCUGAUGGGAAAGCCUUGGCUGUAGGGCUAAAUGAUGGAAGUUUUCUGGUAGUGAAUGCUGAUACUGUGGAAGAUAUGCUUUCCUUCCAUCACAGAAAGGAAAUGAUCUCUGACAUCAGAUUUUCCCGAGAUUCAGGAAAAUACCUGGCAGUGGCUUCCCAUGAUAAUUUUGUGGAUAUUUACAAUGUGCUUACCAGCAAAAGAGUUGGCAUCUGCAAAGGGGCAUCCAGCUAUAUCACGCACAUUGAUUGGGAUUCAAGAGGGAAGCUAUUGCAAGUCAAUUCUGGUGCUAAAGAACAAUUCUUUUUUGAAGCUCCAAGAGGAAAGAGGCAUAUAAUAAGACACACUGAGAUUGAGAAGAUUGAAUGGGACACGUGGACAUGCGUCCUUGGUCCUACCUGUGAAGGAAUUUGGCCAAUGCACAGUGAUGUCACUGUUAUCAAUGCAGCUUCUCUUACCAAAGAUAGCACACUCUUAGCUACAGGGGAUGAUUUUGGGUUUGUAAAGCUCUUCAAAUAUCCGGUAAAGGGUCAGCAUGCCAAGUUCAAGAAAUAUGUGGGACACAGUGCCCAUGUCACCAAUGUCCGGUGGUUACAUAAUGAUUCUGUGCUGCUGACUGUGGGUGGAGCUGACACUGCUCUGAUGAUCUGGACUCGAGAAUUUGUGGGCACCCAAGAAAGCAAGCUAGUUGACAGCGAGGAGUCAGAUACCGAUGCAGAAGAGGAUGGAGGUUAUGACAGUGAUGUUGCAAGAGAAAAAGCAAUUGACUACACCACAAAGAUCUAUGCAGUGAGCAUCCGAGAGAUGGAGGGCACCAAGCCACAUCAGCAGCUGAAGGAGGUCUCCGUGGAAGAAAGGCCACCAGUUAGUAGAGCUGCUCCUCAACCGGAGAAACUGCAAAAGAAUAACGUCAAUAAAAAAAGGAAACUGGUUGAGGAGUUGGCUUUAGACCAUGUUUUUGGGUACCGUGGAUUUGACUGUCGCAACAACCUUCAUUACCUCAACGAUGGCGCUGAUAUUAUUUUCCAUACUGCUGCAGCAUGUAUAGUUCAAAAUCUUUCCACAGGAAGCCAGACUUUCUACCUGGAACAUACAGACGACAUCCUCUGCCUAACUGUCAACCAGCACCCAAAAUAUAAAAAUAUUGUGGCGACCAGCCAGAUUGGUACAACACCUUCUAUCCACAUCUGGGAUGCUAUGACCAAGCAGACAGUGUCCAUGCUACGAUGCUUCCAUUCAAAAGGGGUGAACUAUGUCAACUUCAGUGCUACUGGCAAGCUCCUAGUGUCGGUAGGAGUUGACCCUGAACAUACAAUCACAGUGUGGAGAUGGCAGGAAGGAGCUAAAAUAGCAAGUCGAGGAGGCCACCUAGAAAGGAUCUUUGUUGUAGAGUUCCGUCCAGAUUCAGACACCCAGUUUGUAUCCGUUGGAGUAAAACACAUGAAAUUCUGGACUCUGGCUGGAAGCGCUUUGCUGUAUAAAAAGGGAGUCAUUGGUUCGUUGGAAGAUGCCAAAAUGCAGACCAUGCUUUCUGUGGCCUUUGGAGCUAACAAUCUUACUUUCACUGGUGCCAUCAAUGGAGAUGUUUAUGUCUGGAAGGAUCACUUUCUAAUUAGACUGGUGGCAAAAGCUCACACCGGCCCUGUCUUCACAAUGUACACAACUCUUCGUGAUGGACUCAUUGUUACUGGAGGGAAGGAGAGACCAACAAAAGAAGGAGGUGCCGUGAAACUGUGGGACCAGGAGAUGAAGCGCUGCCGAGCAUUUCAGCUUGAGACAGGGCAGACUGUGGAGUGUGUGCGUUCAGUGUGUCGAGGGAAAGGUAAAAUUUUAGUGGGGACCAAAGAUGGAGAAAUUCUUGAAGUUGGAGAAAAAAAUGGUGCUUCUAACCUGCUGAUUGACAGCCACAUGGAAGGAGAGAUUUGGGGCUUGGCUACUCACCCCUCCAAGGACAUCUUCAUCUCUGCUAGUAAUGAUGGAACUGCAAGGAUCUGGGACCUUUGCGACAAAAAACUUCUGAAUAAAGUGAAUCUGGGCCAUGCUGCUAGGUGUGCCACCUACAGCCCCGAUGGUGAGAUGGUUGCCAUUGGCAUGAAGAAUGGAGAAUUCAUCAUUUUGCUUGUAAACAGUCUUAAAGUCUGGGGCAAAAAAAGGGACCGGAAGUCUGCCAUCCAGGACAUCAGAAUCAGCCCUGAUAACCGAUUUUUGGCAGUGGGCUCACAAGAACAUACUGUCGACUUCUACGACCUCACCCAAGGCACGACCUUGAAUCGGAUCGGCUACUGUAAAGAUAUCCCAAGCUUUGUCAUUCAGAUGGAUUUUUCAGCAGACAGCAAAUACAUUCAGGUAUCAACUGGUGCUUAUAAAUGCCAGGUCCAUGAGGUGCCAUUGGGAAAGCAAGUGACAGACACGGCACUCAUCAGAAAGAUCACCUGGGCCACCUGGACAAGCAUUCUUGGAGAUGAAGUUAUCGGUAUUUGGCCCCGAAAUGCAGAUAAAGCAGAUGUCAACUGUGCUUGUGUAACCCACGCUGGCUUGAACAUUGUCUCUGGAGAUGACUUUGGGCUGGUCAAACUCUUUGACUUCCCCUGCACUGAAAAAUUUGCCAAACACAAGCGUUACUUUGGCCAUUCUGCACAUGUCACCAACAUACGCUUCUCUCAUGAUGACAAGUACGUUAUCAGCACUGGAGGGGAUGACUGCAGUGUAUUUGUAUGGCAAUGCCUUUGAUGGUCAGUUCUCUCCAGUGCCACUCUUGCUUUACCAUCGCCAUGUGAGUGCCAAACAUGGAUGCCUCCCAAGACCUCAGCAGGUGGCUGUGUUACAAACAUUGCAUAGAUUCAUAUGUUGGUGAAACCUGACAUGCAGUUAUGUUGGAUGCCACAGUGAGCCCCCAGGCAUGCAGCCAUUGAAAAAAAAGCAAAAAUUAAGUGAUUGGCUCUGUGGCCUAAGGGAUGCACGGCUCAGUUUGCGCUAGACCUCUCUUGCUAAAAAUUAAGUGUAAAAAUCUGCAAAGCCUAGCUUAUUGUGGAAACUAAAGCCUCAAUAGCUGCAAUUUGAAGAUGAUUAAAAGAAUUAAUGUUUUCACAAAGCAAACAAGUUUAAACACCGCCCAUUUCAAAAACUUACUUGACAAGGGGUGCAUUCCGAGUGAGGAAAUCUUUCAGCCUUGGUUGGUUUUACACUUACCAAAUUAUCAUUCCCCCUCACCCAAAUUCUUAGGGUUUUAAGAAAAGUACAUUUGCCACUUUUCUAUGAAGUGCCUUUUGAAAGCUUUGCCAGUAGUGCAGGUUGCCUGCCAGAGCCUGCUUUCGAACCAUGGUGCUACAACUUUCCCAACUAGAUGAGGGCUGACAAAGACAUUUUUCCCCUUGAUAUAUAACCCACUCAUGAAGAUUAUGAUGAUGAUUUUGCUUUUUCAUUUGUCUUGAUUUUUUUAGUUGACUCUCAACUAGUUGUUCUAACAAAAGUUAAAAGUUUUAACUGGUUAUUUUAACAAUAUUGGGGUGCAGUGCAAGGCAAGUAUUAUAGUUACUAAUCAAAACUGUCAGUGAAUCAACAAUAAGUUGAAAUCCAUCUUUAGAGUAGAAGUGGGGAACAUGUGGCCCUCCAUGUGUUGAUGAAUUACAUUAUCCCUGGCCAUUGGCCAUGCUUGCUGGCUGGGGUUGAUGGGAGUUGGAGUCCAUUAACCCCUGGAAGACCCCAGGUUCCCCUACCUGAUUUAGGACAAGGGGAGAAUGAGUGAGGAAAGUGUCCCACCAUCUUUUCUGCCCACUCUCAUUUGCAGAAUAUUUUCCUGCUGCAUUGCUUGGUCAGGGCCAGCAAAGGCAAUGCUUUGAAUUUCUCCAAGGGAAAGAAAUCUUCCUCUUCCUUUGUGAGUGGUUUCAAAGAUGUGGCAGACUGGGAGGUGGCUCCCUGGUGGCAGGAGACCAAGAAGCUGUGCAACUUUGCUCCCAUUAGAUUCUUCUGGGGGAGGAACAACCAUGAAACAUGCAAUUUAUACUUAGAAGUUCACAGGUUCCAUUUCUUGUACUUAAAGACCAUAAUGGGUAUGAAAUGGAAAGAUCCUUUGCCCCAACGUACUGGAGGGCCUAUGUUGAAGACCUGUUGAGCGUCAAGCUGACUGUACUGGUUAACUGACCACGCAAGGGAAAGGGCUCCUUCUAGCCUAAUCACAGAGGAACCAGAGAUUACCAGCAGCCACUGCAUCCUCUGUUGCAAGCAAUACUCUGCAAAAGUGAUGCCUUCCUGCAUAAGACUGAUGGAGAGCACAAUUCAAAAGUGCAGCUCUUUGUUCCAGAAAGUGCUUUGCUUGAGGAAAACCACAAGGGUAAAUAACUGCCUUCAGGUUCAAUAGAAACAAAAAGAAUUCUCCAGAGGGAUAGAAAAGGAAAUCAAUGUAUAACACACAAAAGUGCUUCAGUAAACCUCAGUAGACUAUUUGUUGAGAGUAAUUUAAUCAAUGGACUAUAUUAAUGCCUUACACACCUCUAUAAUUUCAGACACACAUGUCCCUAUGCAGUCUUAUUCCCAUACUCUUCUUCGUAAGGAAGCCUUCCUGUAUUAGACAAUGUAAUCAUAUCAAGCCGAUGAUGUUAGGUGGUCACCUUGUUUGCCUAUGUUGUCAUGUUGGCCUUUUUAUAUUGAUUGUAUCUUAAAUUUUAAAAAACGUAACAGGAUGAAUUGCUAUGUGGUGAAAUUGUGCAAAAAUAUUUAAGAGCAAUAGUGUGUUUGCGUGUGUGUGUGUCAGGAAGAAAAUUGUAUUUGUUUAUAUGGUUUAUAUGGUUUGAUUUUAGGUACAUUAGGCUCAGACCUGAUGCUGUAUUAUAAUGUAAAUUAAAAUAGUACUGCAUG